GUAUAGAUUUCCUGUUGAUUGGAAACAGUUGACAAGUCGGGGUAGAACGUGGGGGUGGGUGCGGUGCUUGGGAGGGGCGGCGGGGUACAUGUAAACAUAGAGCUACAGCUUCACCGGCAGUCACGUGACGCGCUCGCCGGGGGCGCAUCACUUUUAAGGGUGAAAAAAAAACAAGCAAAAAACAUGGAAUAAGUUUUCUACACCAAACCGAAUUUUCUUUUUUUUUUAUUUCUUUUUUAUUAUUAGGUUAGGUAGAUUUAUUUUUUUAUGUAUACAAUGUGUCAGUGUUUUGUUUGGAGCUUUUACACCUUAAAAGUGAUGGUCUCCGUGUGGCUCGAAACUACAUGUCAUAAAACAUAUUAUAGUGUUAAGAAAUGUUAUGUAUUGAAUUCACGUAAAUUGUAUAUAAUACAACAACCAAUUCGAAGAAUAUCAAUGCUACAACAUAUCAAAAUAAAUCAACAUAUCUAGGAAUAAUUAGCUAAUUAUAACCUAGUUUACUAUUAUUUAUCUAUUGUAAUAUUUUUAUUCAAUACUAGUAGAUUAGUGAUAGUUUACUCUAUAUAAGAAGCCUUCAAGAGAACAAUUGUCAAGAACAGGACGGUUUCUCAUUGGCGAGGCUCUAUCUACGUCUGAAAAUGUAGUACCCAAUGGGUGUAGAGGCUACGCGCAGUCGUAGCGUACCGAGUAGAGCGGCGCGGGGUGCUACACGAUCGACAGACGCUACGCCGCUGCUGCUACGCCAGGGAACUGAAAAAAUAUGUCGAACGGAGAAUAGUUUGAUGAGGAACAUCGGGCCGCAGCAAUGCAGGGGCUACAGGCCGCGAAGGAGAAGGCUUCUGGCCUCUUUGCCAACAAACCCUUACUAUUCAAGAACAGCCAAUAUGAAAACUUUCAUGUUGACCAGAAGGGCUAUCAGAUGUACGAUGGCGAUGACCUGGAAACGCCACCAUCACCGGACAGGCCCCCACCACGCCCCAUAGAUAAGUACGUCCGCGCACAAUGCCCAUGCCUGAGUGCGCGUUACACUGUAGCCCUGUUGGCUUGCUUCGGCUUCAGCAUCAUGUUCGGAAUGCGCUGCAAUAUGAGUAUGGCCAAACUGAAAAUGACCGGAAAAGGGCGCAACGACACUGACGCACCAUUUCAAUGGACUCUCGAAAUAGAAUCGUCAAUCGAUUCAUCGUACUUCGCCGGCUACCUCAUCACUCAAGUGCCGGGCGGCUACUUAGCCUCCAUGUAUCCGGCCAACAAAAUCUUCGGGGCUGCCAUUGUGCUAUCGGCAUUGUUGAACAUGGCGAUUCCUGGCGCUAUGUCUGUAGGCCCUGCGGCUGUGGUCAUGUUAAAAAUUGCUCAGGGAUUCGUUGAAGGCGUUACAUAUCCUUCAUGCCACGGAAUCUGGAGGAUGUGGGCACCUCCACUCGAGCGCUCUCGUUUGGCAACACUAGCAUUUUGUGGGACAUACGCUGGCAUCGUUAUUGGCAUGCCAUUGUCUGGGUUACUGGCAGAUUACAUUGGUUGGCAGGCGCCAUUUUACUUUUAUGGUACAUUUGGAAUUAUUUGGUAUGCGUGUUGGCUUUGGUUGGUGUUCGAGAAACCCAGUAAACAUCCAUGUAUAACCGGGAAGGAACUGACGUAUAUUGAACAAUCGCUUGGCACCGCCACCCAGGCCGCGAUGCCAGGAUUUUUUGCAACACCAUGGAAAGCAUUUGCCACAUCUCCUCCAGUAUACGCUAUCAUCGUCGCAAACUUCUGUAGGACUUGGAACUUCUGUUUACUGGUGAUUUUCCAGUCUGCAUACUUUAAUUCCAGAUUUAAAAUGGAGAUAACCGAGUCCGGUUUUGUGGGGGCGAUUCCGCAUUUGAUCAUGACGUCACUGGUGCCCAUUGGAGGAAUGCUCGCUGAUUAUUUACGUAAGAACAAUAUUAUGACCACGACAAACGUGAGGAAGCUGUUUAACUGUGGUGGAUUCGGUUUGGAGGCUUUCUUCUUCGUACUCGUCGCUUAUGCCAAUAACAAGUACGUAGCCACCAUCGAGCUGACCCUUGGAGUAGCUUGCAGCGGUUUCGCCAUAUCAGGUUACAACGUCAAUCAUCUCGACAUCGCUCCUCGAUACGCCUCCAUACUGAUGGGUCUAUCUAAUGGCAUCGGUACCAUCGCUGGAUUCCUUGUACCUAUAGUCAUCGACUACAUGACCCAGGAUAAGGAUAAACAAGAGAAAGCUAUAACCGAGUGGCGAGAAGUGUUCCUGAUGGGUGCGACCGUACAUUUCAUUGGUAUCACUAUUUACGGUAUCUUCGCUUCUGGCGAACUUCAGCCUUGGGCCGAGACUGGCUGUGAAGAGCCCACGACUUAUUCCAAGUCUUUAGAACAAGAAACCACAUUCACUGAGAAACCCUCAGCGCCUCUUAAGGGUUCGGAGGCGCCAGCUUACGGCGCGAUAGUCCCGCAGCGGCCUAUCGGCUUCGAGCAGCACGUUCCCAACAACCCAUUCGUCUCAGGCGCCUACUAUCAGACCGAGCAAGUGCAGCCUCCCACUGAUCCCCACCAGAAUCUCACCGAUGACGGCACUUACUAAUUAUUCAUAAAAUUAUUAAUAAAUGUAGUUAGCCGUUGCAGAGCUGUUGUUUUACAGAUUUUUUAAUUCUCAAAGAUGUGAUGCUUUUCAACACAUCAAUUUACUCGUACGUUUCGAUAUGACUCAAAGCACAAAUUUGCGGGUCCUUGACCUUUGUAUUAAAAAAACCCUUGGCAUAGAAAUAAUAUAUGUUAGGAACUACUAUUCGAAAACUGUUAACUUGUAUUGAACUAAAACUGUUGUAACUUUUCGCACUAAAAUUUGAGGUUAAGAAUUUUCUUAAAAGUAAUAAAUACGCUUAACAUAAUGUUUAUUUUUCUGAGUGGUAAAGUAAGUGUUUUUUUUUUUUCUAAAAUAAAUUGGCAAAUACGUUUGUUAAAAUCACAAUAUAUUUAUCGCUAUUAAAAUUAUUAUAUUGUAGCAUGACAGUGUUAAGAAUAAAAUUAAAUUAUUUUUUGUUAUUUUAUAAUAAUUGUAGCGGAGUCUAAUGUUUUCAUAUCAUUGUUAGCUUGUAAAAUGUAUGUUUUUGUUUGUAGCUGUUUAGUGUUUUUUUGGAUUCAAGUCUACGAAAUUUUGGUUUUAUAACUAAGGGCUAGUAAGAUCGUGUCGAAUAUCAUGUAAAAUCGUUAAAAUAAAAUGCUUUUCCGCCAUCUUAAUAAUUCUAUAACACUUAAAUAAAUGAAGUAGGUAUUCGUCAAAAAACCCAAAUAAUAGUUUAUCUGAGCUAUUUACUAUUUAUUUCACAUUUAAUAUCGUUAUGAUCGGUUUUUGUUUCGUGCAACAAAUGACUUGAUAUUGUGUUUAUUUCUUAUUAUUUCCCUUAAUUAGUAUUUUGACUUGAAUUUUAAUCCUAUAAGAUUGUCGUUAGUUAGUCUCGUUCUUGUUACUAAGUUUUCGUAAAUUGUUAAAAGAUGUUUAUAAAUAUCGAAGUGUUUAUUGUAUAUCUAAGACGUUCGAAUAAAGUAGAUAAUGUAUCAAAUUAAAAUUUACUUGCAUAAGAGUAUAGGUGCAUUCAUCUGUAUUAGUAAUUUUUACAAUAAGGCGCCUGAAAAAACGAUAGCAACUAGCAAAUAUUCGUUAACCUGUCGUUUGAAUAGAGAAAGAAAAACAAAAUUAAGAUAACCACAUAUUUAUUCCAAAGAAAUUCCAAUAGUGAUUGACAAAAAAUCAACUCUGUAAUAUUAAAAAUAACUAGGUAGUUAUUAUAUAAACGAGGAUCGGUUUUAUGAGCUUUAAGUGUAUGUAUGUAUCUGAACUAUUGGUUUUAAUUGGUAAAACGUAAAAUUGACUUGAAAUGCAAUAAAAUUUAAAUGUUUUUUUACAAACAGAUGAAUGCACUCGUAGUAGAAGACAUUUUAAUGAAUACCGUUCUUAAUAAAAGGGAAGAUAAGUCACCUUUUAUUAGUAUACAUAUAAUAGAUCUUUAAAUUUAUCUUUACAAUACUAUCUAAUAUUAAAUAUUAUUUAAAAAUAACAAAUAAAAUAUUUCCCUCUCUCUAGAUGUUGUUCGUAAAAAUUAAGUGGUUUCCUUCUGAAUUUUUCUAUAAACAAUUACAAAAUACUAUCACAUAGUCGCAUAAUCAAGACUAUUUAGAAUGAAUAAUUAUGUAAAUGUUUGUAUUCUCUUUAACUGUUUUCAAAUAUUUAAUCAAGAAUUUAGUGAUUAGGAUUAUAGUUUUAAGUUAGAAAAUCGUUUAUAACAAUAGUAUGUAUGUACGCAGUCUUUUUUGCCACGUACCAUCCGGCCUUGGAAUGGGCUCCCCUCCACGGUGUUUUCCGAGCGCUAUGACAUGUCCUUCUUCAAACGAGGCUUGCGGAGAGUAUUUAAUGGUAUGCAGCGGCUUGGCUCUGCCCCUGACAUUGCUGACGUCGAUGAGCGAUGGUAACCACUUACCAUCAGGUGGGCCGUACGCUCGUCUGCCUACGAAGGCAAAAAAAAUGUUAUGAUAUAAUAGAUUUGCGAUUUCGACCUCAUGUCUCAAGGCGGGCGGCGGCAUUCACGUUGAGAUGUCUAUGGACUCUAAUAUUUUUGGGGCAGAAGGAAAUCGCCCGUAUGAACUAACUAUAAUACUUUGUCUUCUAGUGUAGUGCGUAUCAAACUAAAUUUAACAAACUACAAGUGGGGCAAAGAUACAAGAAAAGACAUUAAUAUUAGUGAUAUAUUUUGUAUUGUAUAGAUUUAAUGUAAUGCUCAUAUGUGCUUACUGAUUAGGUAAUUUGAUAUAAAGCAAAAAAAAAGAAAAAAAAAAUCUUAUAGAUUACGGCUCAAAUUGGUGUGCAAUGAUAAACGUGACAAUAAAAUCUGACUUGUGGUACAGGAGACCAAAUCGCACUUGUUAAAUAAGACGCACGUUAUUUAAAUAAAUUUUAUACCUACUUUUUUACUGACAUUCGGAUUAAUGGCUUAUUAUGUUCCUUUCGUUUAUGAUGAAUUUUGAAAAUAAUUGAACUUAGAUUUGCUCAAAAUAUGUUAAACAAUCUUAAUAUCAAUACCAACGGCCCCAUAAUUAAAUAACCAAUUGGAUGUAAGCUGCAUUUUUUUGUCGUACAUCAAUCAUAUUAUUAGUGUUAUCCUUAAAUUACGUGUAAAAUAAAGUCUACCGUGUCGAGUUAAAUGCGUCUAUUUUAAAGUCAAACUCAGAUAUUGUUUUAGUUGCAAUCACGGUGGUUGAUAAAGCCUACAAAAGCGCAUAACCACAUUGUGCCAUGGCUAUAAAAUCUAGGAAUUAAUUGCUCAGCAUAUGUAUGUAUAGGACAUUUUGUUGUUAACAAAAAUGUAACUGGCAGGAAAAUAGCGUUGGUAGGUAUUUAUAUGGGACUGUAUUUACAUGUAGUGUGAUUCAACUUUGUAAUUCGAAGCGUGGGAUAGUCUUCCUUCUUAUUAAUAUACUCGUAUGUUUGAAUCUGCGCGGUGGCUUUGGUUUGUGAGCUUCCGUAACCACAAAACACUUUGUGAACCGUGAGUUUUGCUAUCCAAGUAAAAACAAUACUUUCUUGUUAUUUUUGAACAGUAUUGAAUAUCGUUAGCCGAAAAGUACAGAGUCGGCACUGUUGUUAUUCCACCUCAGGCUGAACCGAUGCAUGAUACGUUAAUAAAUACAUCUUUGGAAUUUAGAAACUACCUUUAAAUACUUACCUUUAACUACCUUUUAUUUAACUUUGUCGGUUAGCUCGCAGGUUUGCACGGUGUUCACUUAAAGUCAAGGUCACCCUCUUUAGGGCCUACUGUACUAACUUUUACACGUGCAGCUUGUGGGCUGGAUAUACUCAAAGAUCGUACAAUGCUCUCCGUGUUCAAUACAAUAACGCGUUUAGGGUGCUGGUGGUGCUGCCCCGCUUUUGUAGCGCAUCAGGGAUGUUUGCAGACGCGCACAUAGAUUGUUUCUACGCUACCAUGCGUAAGAGGUGUGCAUCUCUGGUAAACAGAGUGAGGGCCAGCUCCAACAGUAUCCUGAGCAUGAUCGCAAGCAGGCUGGACUGUAUAUACAUGGGUCGCUGUGGUGCCAUCUCCCAUGGGAUGUUACCACAGUAAUUCAUUGUGAUGUAAAUAUAACUACUAUUAACAAUUUAUAUGAGUCAUGGAUACUUGAAAUAAAAACAUUAUUAUUAUUAUUAUUAUAACCUAAAACGGCAUACAAAAACAUUGAAACUAACUGCAUUUGCUGAUUUUAAUGAUUAUUAUAUAAUAUGUUUAUAUUGUGCAUAUUUUAUCUAUUUUUGUUCACCUUAUAAUUACUGACUUAUUUAAUUUAACACUUUGAUUUGAAUAGUGACAUUUUAUUUGCAGUAAAUAUGAAAACUUCUGACUAGGUUAAUAUGUUGUCGAUCCAAGAAUUAUAAAGUCACAAUAGUAAUAAUCGUAAAUAUCUUACCUAUAAAUGGUUAAUAAUAAUAAUAAUAUGUAGGGUAAUAAAAAUCAUAAGACAACACUUAUGUUUCGUUAGCUUUGUUGACGUUGAAUUUACGGUAGGCAGCGGCUUGGCUCUGCCCCUGGCAUUGCUGAAGUCCAUGGGCGACGGUAACCACUCACCAUCAGGUGGGCCGUAUGCUCGUCUGCCUACAAGGGCUAUAAAAAAAAAGAAUAAACGAAACAUAGAAAGGGUGAAAGGUAUUUGGUUUAAGCGGCAUUUUUGCAACUUUACAGGAGAGCUAUUUAAAGUUUAUAAUUUGGAAAAAAUAUCUUAACCAAAAAAAAAACUUUUUCAGCUAUUUUAAUGGAAUAAACCUAAUUGAAGCUUAAUUAAAAACAUCGAACUGUUGAUGUACCUUUAAUUACUAAGAUAAAUGUCGCGUGUUAAGCGAAAUGGCGUUUAAACCAAAUAACCAAACCUCCCUCCCUCCCCGAACUCUGUAAUUUUUUUUAAAAACGGAAAGAUCACAUCCUUUUAUUAUAUUUAAGCCUGCAAGACCUGUGCCGCCAAAACAUUUUUAUUAUGUGUAAAAAUAAAUUUUAGCAUAAUAGGGCGUAUUAAAAUAUAGACCUAAUUUUAUAAAAGUUUCAAAGUUUAAAUUUAUUCACGGUAUCUUAAGUUUUAGGGACAUUGCGGAGAAGUAUCGUAAGUGAAUUCUGUAUUAGUGGAUAAUUUUAAGAUCAACUAACGAAAUAAAUUUUAGACAUUCAAGAAUAACGUAUUAUUAACGCUAACACGUUAAGAUUUUUCUGUUGUUAUUUCAUUAAUGAAUCAAUCGUGAACAUAACGUUGUCUCUGGUAAAGAUGCUACUGUGAAGUAAUAAUUACCAUCAUACUUUUUAAACUAAAGCGGCCGUUGCCUAUUUAAGUUGUUGUCUCUACACCGUCAAUUUUGUUAUUUAAGAUUUAUGUAUGUAUGUAAUUUGUAGUUUUGAUGCUUUUAAUUUCAAUAGUAACUUAUAUUCCGUUUACGUUAAAUCUUCAAGCCUUUUAGAGGAGGUUAUACAGAACUUUUGACAGCGGCUUGGCUCUGCCCCUGGCAUUGAUGAUUUUCAUGAGCGACGGUAACCACUCAACAUCAGGUGGGCCAUAUGCUAGUCUGCCUACACGGCCAAUAAAAAAUAAAAAAUAAAACUUACGUGCUCCAUUUCGAGGGUUAACAGUUGAAAUGGAAACUUUAAUUUUAGUGGCCAAUAUGGCUGGGAGCAUUGAGUUAACCUCUUUAAAAGACUACGGUGACCAAAGAAACACUAGAUCUAGAACUGUCAAUCUAAACCAGAAGAAAUAAUUUGAAUUUGUUUUCUGAAUGUGACCAGAAUCUGUUCUUCGUGAGUAAAGCUUAUUGACAUUGUAAAUUGGUCGCGUUAAGGAAAAAAACAAUAAAACCAAAUGAUUCCUUUGCCCGAAUUGUUUUUCGAUAAAAUUAACGAAUUCGAAUUUGACAAUAAUUAGGUUUUAAUAGGCCGGGAAAUGUGCAUAAAAUGUUUGAAAAUGUUGUAGUAGUGGCUUUAUCUUUUUGACUGUUAAUUAAUAGUUAAUUUAUGUGAUAAUUUUCGCAAUGUCCAAAUUGCGGUGGAUAGGGUAUUACGAUCCCCCUCUCACUUGUUGUUGUGCACCUAUUGUAAAUAAUAACUUCGUAUUUAAGUAAAUAUAUAAUAAUUUCGACCCUUUAUAGCCAAUUAUAAAAAAGUAGAGUUAAAGAGAGAUAGGUGUAGAUUUAAAAAUGUUUCACCGUCGAAUUUGUUGUUUUAAAUACUUAGAUGUAUUUACUUUUCUUAUCAAUAUUUUGUAUUUAAUUGUAAUCCGCGUACUAAGUACAUGCUUUCAAAUUUAUAUUGAGUUAAUUUAUCAACCGACUUGAACUAGCCUAUAAUUGAUAUUGUACUAUCGUUAAUUUCUAUUAAAACAUCACUAUAAACCACUUCGUGUUGGUUAUGAAGUUUUAAAUCACUACAUUAUCUAGAAAAAUUGUUGUUGAUCAAAUCAACACGAAGCAAUAUUUUAUGAUCUACAUUUUUUACAAGAUAUAACAAGUUUGCGUAUCUGUUCAUUCGUUUAUUCAUUCGUUCAUUCAUUAUUUUCGUAUGUGAAAUUUAAAUUAUUAACUUUAAAUCUUUGACAAUAAGUAUAUAUUUAUAAGAUAGUGAUAGGACAAUAAUGGGGUGAUCUCACUCUGUAAGGCUGUGUUGACAAUAAUGCUUCAUAAAGCGACAGUAGUUUGUAAAAUGAAUAAUAGGUAUAGGAAUUUAUAUUUCAAAAUGUAUUGUAAUAUUUGUGAAUUGUGAUCUUAGUAUAUUUAAGCACAUAUGUAUAGAGUAUAAAAUUUAUUAUUCAAAUUGUUUAUUUCAGCUUAUGAAUAUAUAUAUUUUUAUAAUUUUAGUACAAAAAAGAAUACCUAUUGACCUAUUUGACGAAAUAAAUGCCUGAAAUUGACGACCCAGUUUCUGUAUUGAAAUGGACACUAAAUACUCAUAAGAAUUGUCCGAGACAAAGGCAGUGAUUUUUAUGUUCAUAAUUUAAAAGUCUAGAUAUAAUUUUACUAUCUAUUUGUUAUCUCGACUGUGACCUUUAAGUCAAAUAUUUGUAUAGAAUAUUAAUUAUGUACAUUCUUCUAGUAGAGUAGUCGAGCUCUAAAAUAUAAAUUAAAUGUAAUUAGUAAUAUUUAAUAUAGGCAGUGGAGUGUUUUUAAGCGCUAACUGUUUUUUUUUAAUAAUUCAAAAAAAUACAAUUGAUAUUUGUUAAGUUUUUUUUUGCUUUUAAUGUUAUAGUUACUCGCGUACCUCGGCAAUACCAAUAGUGCAGCCAAAUAACGGUCUAUCCCUGAAAACUCCUUUCAAAGUAAUUUUGAAGAAGUAUUUUAGGUUUUUUCCGUUAAAAUAAGCACGAUGAUUUCAACUUUUAAAAUGAUUUAUUAUUAUUUGUCGAACAAUUUGAAUUUAACGAAAACACUAAAAGUUAGUUCUAUUUUUUUUUGGAACGUCAAAUUUCUCCAAUUAAUGUAUACACAUUAAGAGCACCCCCUAAAAUACUUAGUAUUGAAUGUAUGUUUUAAUAAUUUUUAAUAUUGUAUUGUAUAGGUAUUGUAACUUCAAUUUUAUUUCACGAUUAACUGCGCUAAUUGCGCAAAUCUGCGUUAGUUGCGAAUGGUUUUUAUUGUACAUUUAUGUACAUUAUAUGUUAGACUUGUAAUUGUUGUAGUUACAAAAUAUAGUGUGCUCGAAAUUAGUUAAUGCUUAAAAACACUUCAUAAAUAACUCUUAAGAUAUGUAAAUUAAAGGUAAAUUGCAAGAAGGCACUGAUUUGUCAAUUAUUCAUUAGACUCAUGAUUAUGGAUUUGCUUUCAAAGUCCUCAUAAAAAUUAAAUAGUGUAUCGGCAUGAAGAUUAGUUCGCUUCGUUUAUUUGGCUUUUUAUAGGAAUCAUAUUAUUGAUUGUCUUUUUUUGUGUACGUUUUUAGAGCGAUACAAUUAGUGUGCUACGCAUUUAUUGAUUUUAUAGGCAGCGGCUUGGCUCUGCCUCUGGCAUUGUUGAAGUCCAUAGGCGACGGUAACCCUUAGGUUGGCCGUAUGCUCGUCUGCCUACAAGGACAAUAAAAAAAAUUGAAUAUUUUUUGUUCGAUAAUCUUUACUAAACCUAUUUCAAUUCAAUUUGUUUCAAAUAUGACACUUGUUGUACAUAAUUGAAACUAUUAUUAUUGUUUUGUUUAUGACGUUUCGUGUGUUACCUAUCUUUAAAUUCGAAACAUCAGAAAUAAAAUAAUGUAAAAAAAACGUGAAAUUAAAAUGUAAAAAUAGUUUUGAUUAGAUUUACAACUCGCGAACAGCUAAGAAACAACUAUGAUACUCAGUUUUGUACAUGUAAUUCAUAAAUAAAAAUCUAGUAAUACCACAGAUUAACUUUAUAGUCUUAUUUUAUUAUAAAUUAAUGAUUAAAGAAGCUAUUUUUUGUUUGCGUAGUUCAGUAUAAUAAAUUAGCGGGCCUGUUGAAGUUUUCGUUUUGAUCACGUAGCUGUAAGGGUUUUGUGUGCACGGUACGCUUGACUGCAAACUUAGCAAAAAUCCAUCAAUAUUAUAUGAUAAUAAUAAUAUUAUAUAAUAAUAAUAAUAUUAUAUAAUAAAUAUUAUAUAAUAUAUAGCUGUUGUAAAAUAUUUUCAUAGAUUAGAAUAAGCUAGUCAUACGAAUGCAGUAUUAAAAUGUGUAUUGAUGUAUCAAUGUUUUUUUUUAAAUGUAGUAUAUAACGGCCUACUUUUAUAUAGAAUGUAAAUACUUAGUUCUGUUCUUUUUUUGGUAUUUUUUUGGGAUAUAAUUAAUUAUUUUUAUCAAUGAAGAUCGCUGAAACCUGAAUAUUUAAAUUCCCAUUUCAAUCUGUAAAACAGUUUGAUGAAUUUAUGAGAUGAAAACUAGAAUAUAUAUUUUUUAUCUUUAAUUUUCAAUACAAUAUGUACGUACUACUUUAACUUCAAAAUCACAAUGACAAGAUAUUUACUCUGUAUUUACUGACAAGUAUCAAUUUAAAAUAAACUUUGAUUUUUGUGUGAAACGUAAUAUUACUUAGCAAACUCAAUAGUAUUAUUACAAAUAGCUGAUUUUCUUUUCUUUUUUUUAAUUGUAAUUAUUAAUACAUAAAAAUAGUAUAUGUUUUGUAUUGUAAAUAUUUAAAGUUCUAUUGGUGUAAAUAUUAUUCGUUGUAGAGUUUUAUAUGACAUUAGUUUAUUGGUGAACUGAAUAUAUCAGUAACUUAUUAGAAUUAAGAAAUAAUGAUGUUAACAUUAGAAAAUGAUGUAGAACGUGACGUAGUACAAAAUAAAGAGUAAUUUAAUUGAUUCAAUUGGAAUUGGAUAAAUUCCUACCGGUUCCGUAGAUUAAAAUAUUUUGGCAGUGAUCUGUCUCUUAGUACUUUUCGAGAUUUAGGACAUUACAUAAAAUAUAUUGAAUUCAGACAAAAUUUCAGAUGGAUACAUUAAUUAGCGACAAAAACAGUGACUGAAUUUAAUUAUAAAAUGUCUUAAGCGUCAAAUGACCUGUUCUAAGCGGUUACAGUGUUUUAUGUAGUGAGCAAAUAUAUGGGCAAAGGUGUAUUAUAAAAUAUUAUUCAUGAAAACUCUGCGUAUUCUCUGUAAAUUAUCUAACAAAAUAACGAGUACAAUUUAAAUUGGGUUAAUUAUGUGCUCUUUAUUUUAAAAGUUUAUUUCUCGUAAAAAGAGAAGACCAUCGUUUUUUAUUAAUACUAUUCUCGAGUCUGUGUUAUUCUAUUUCCAAUUUUAUCCAGUUCUGAGCCAGGAAAGCUAAUAACAUAGAUUAUCAACAAAGUAUAGAGACUAUUACUCGAAUACAAACCUAACCUGUACAAUCGACAAUCACUUAUAUCCAAAAUUGUAUAGUACCGGAUUUUAGGCGGAUAAAAAUGUAGAGAGAGGGAAAUAUGUAUUCUUUGUAUGUAUAUUUAUUUUUAAAUAGUGAAUUUAGUCCAUUGUUAUGAUUAUAUGUAAACUUUUGUUAGCACGAUUUAAUUGUUGUAAAUAUUAGUCUUAAUUAUUGGUCUUGACUAUUACUUGAACAAACCAAAUGUUUUCUUAACUUAUUUAUACUUUGUACUCCGACUAUUGUAUACAAUAUAUUUGAAGGUAAAUUACAAACGUAUUGCUGUAUCAUUAUGAGAUUUAUAUGGAAUUGUUUAGAUAAUUUGCAUUAUAAAAUGUUUAGCAAUAGGCUGGAUCUUAAUGAAUUCCGUUGCUUUUUAAUUUGAAAAUUUCUUAUCACGUAAAUGGUACAAAGUAUUUUAGAAAUUGUAUUUAGUAAAAAAUUCUGCAAUAUCAUCAUUUCCAUUGUAUGAGAUUUUCACUUUAUCCAAUCUAAUAAUAAAUAAAAUUUGUGACAUUAUCUUCCUAAAUAUAUGUUUGAAAAAUA